AUGCAAGAACCACGGAAACCACAUUUGGAUGCGGCGAAGCAAAUUUUGAAGUAUGUGAAUACCACUUGUGACAUGGGAAUCCUUUAUAACAAAGGAACUGUUUUUUCUCUACUUGGGUUUACAGAUGCUGAUUUUGGUGGUGACUUAGAUGAUCGAAGAUCUACUUUUGGGUAUGUGUUCUCUUGUGGCUCAGGAUGUGUUUCAUGGUGCAGCAAAAAGCAAGAUUCAAUUUCUCUUUCUACUAUGGAAGCGGAGUAUAAGGCAUCCACACUUGCUGCCCAAGAAUGUAUUUGGCUUCGUCGGCUCAUCGAAGAUGUUUAUGCAUCCAUUCACAAAUCUACUAUUAUUCUUGGUGACAAUCAAAGCGCCAUCAAACUUGCUACUAAUCCGGUGUGUCACGCAAGAACUACACAUAUUGAGAUUGAGCAUCAUUUUAUUCGCGAGAAGGUGCUUGAUGGGUCCAUUGAUGUAUUGGAGGUACGGAGCAAAGAAAAUGUUGCUGAUAUCUUCACAAAGUCACUCUCAAAAGGACCGUUUGAAAAUCUUCAAGCCAAACUUGGGCUUGUUUCCAAAAGUUCACUUUAA